AUGGACGCCCGGAUCGCGGGCAACGCCACGAAGGACGAUGGCUUCGACGUUUCUGACCCGACAGACUGGCUGGGAACGCCUUUGGCAAGCCUGAUGCCUGUCGAACAGUCCCUACGAUGUCAUGUCUGCAAAGACUUUUACAAUUCCCCUAUGGUCACGUCGAGCAGCGCGAGGGCCACGGAGACUACAUCGGCCAUGAUGAAAGAGAUGGGAGUACCAGACGUGGAGGAGAUUGAGGCAGAGGAGUACACACCGGAUGAUGGUCUCGUUGCUUGUCCAAUUUGUUCAUGGAGAAUGAAGCCUGAAAAAGUUGAUAGGCACCUCGAUACCGACUGUCCUGGAGAGCCACGACCACAGCCGAGCGAGUCAAAGCCAAAGAACAUUGGUUUUGGCAAUAUCCGCCAUGCAGUCAAUACCUCGACCAAACCCCAAGAGAGGCUGUCGUCACUGAACUACUCACUGAUGAAGGACGCUGCUUUGAGGAAGAGGCUUUUAGAGAUAGGGAUCUCGAGUUGGGGUUCUAGACAACUACUUGAGAAGAGACACAAGGAAUGGGUUAUGAUAUGGAAUGCCAAUUGUGACUCGGCGCGACCAAAGGCCAAGUCCGAGCUUUUGAGAGACCUUGACACCUGGGAACGGACACAGGGCGGCAGCGCUCCUUCCAAUUCUCAUUCGGCGAACCUGGGUGCCCAGAUAAAAGACAAGGAGUUCGAUGGUGUGGGAUGGUCCGCAAAACACAGCGACUCUUUCAAAGAUUUGAUCGCCAAUGCUCGCAAGACUCGGCGAAAGGCGGAAGAGACUACCCGGGAGUCAUCACAUGAAUCUCGGGGCCAGUCUCUGACCGUCAGCGACAUCAACUCGGAACAGCAGCCUGAUGCCAUGGGCAACAGUCAGAGUCAUGCCGAGGAACAUACAAUACGAAGUUCCGACACAGUCAUGGACCAAAGCAUUACGUCAAGCCAGAUAGCAGCAGACCAGUCGCCUCGAAAAAUACCCGAGGACAGAGUCACAAGACUUCUGUCAGAGGAUCAACCGUUGCCCUCUGAGAUAGAUGCCGUAUCUAGCUCUGGAACUGCUAGGACAAUAGCUCAAUAA